CGCUCAGAUACUCUAUACUACUCGUUCGGAGAGGACGCGUUCCGCGGUUCGUUUCGUUUUUGAUUUGUUUUAAAAACGACAGGGAAGCAGCGCGAACGCGAAUUCGCACUAUUUACCAGAGCAGCGACUAAUAGUGAACGUACGCGGGAACACACCGACUUGCAAUAUUACAACAUUUAUGAUCGUCGAUUUAGAGCGCUGCCAGACGAACGCCACCAGCCGCCGCGAAACAAAACAAGCCUCGACUCGAACAAACAGAAUUGGCUGUGAACCCGCCUCCGCCAUCGCAAACGUCUUCGCCUCCGCGCCGCGUCUCUGCACCGCGAGUGUCCCGGCAGGGAGUUCUGGAGCCCAGAGUGUGCAACUACUUGGAGCCAAGUCCUGGUCUGGACCAGCGGCUCCGUGAAAUAGUGAUUGUGAUUGUACUCGCAGAUUAGCCACCACAGAAUGCAAGUGGCACGCUGAGGCGACAGCUCGGGGUUGUGUGAAAGUGCAGUGAAAGAAAGUGUUGAGAAUCGAAACGAAUUGCAGAAUUGCCGAGAACAGGGCAGCAGACGAGACCGCAUCCGGUGCGCCCCACUCUUCUUCCUACUCCCACGCGGAGUCCUCUGUCGCCUCUUCUGUUUCCGCCUGUCGCUGUCCGGCUGUCUGGCCCGCAAAAGCCGCCAAGAUUAAGUUCUCAAAGCAGCACUCCCACCACGCAUACCGCCACACGGACAACAUCUACGACGGUGGCACAGACACCGACGACGACGAAUGUCCCCUGGAGGCGACUGCCAUGAAUACCUACGAGUAUGAGUCCACACUCGACUGCCGCGACGCAGGCGGCGGCCACGGCCACGGCCACGUCCAGGCCCACGGACAUGGGCACGGCGGCGUCGGCCCGGGCACCCUGCCCAUGAGCGGGCGUCCCUCCGCCGCUUCCGCCAGCAACAGCGUCCACAGCAGCCAAACGCUGCAGCACCAAAACCAACAGAACCUACAGGCCGCCCAGGCAGCCGCCGCUGCUCAGUCCUCGCACUACGACUACGAGUACCAGCACUUGCCGCACCGUCCGCCGGACACGGCCAACAACACGGCGCAGCGGACCCACGGAAGACAAGGCUUCCUCCUGGAAGGAGUCACACCCACGGCCCCACCGGAUGUUCCGCCCCGUAACCCCACAAUGAGUCGCUUGCAAAAUGGCCGCCUAACCGUUACCAAUCCCAAUGACGUCGACUUCGAGCCUUCCUGCUUGGUGCGAACGCCGUCCGGCAACGUUUACAUUCCUAGUGGAAAUUUAAACAUCAACAAGGCCUCACCCAUCGACUUCAAAAGCGGAUCGGCCUGCUCCACGCCCACCAAGGAGACGCUGAAGAGCGGCUACGACCGCGGCACACAGGGCUGCAUGGGGCCCGUGCUGCCCCCGCGCAGCGUCAUGAACGGACUCCCCUCGCACCACUACUCGGCGCCCAUGAACUUCCGCAAGGACCUGGCCGCGCGCUGCUCCUCGCCCUGGGUGAGCGUCGCCGCGAUCUCGGCCCUGUUCCUGGGCGUGCUCAUGCUGAUUCUGCUGACCACCUUCGGAGGCCUACACUGGACCCAGUCGGCGCCCUGCACUGUGCUAGUCGGCAACGAGGCCUCCGAGGUCACGGCCGCCAAGAGCACGAAUACGGACCUCUCCAAACUGCACAACUCUGCGACACGAUCGAAGAACGGACAAGCCAUCGGACCCGUGCCAGGACAAUACGGAUCGGGAGGUGGGCUGGGAUCCUCGACGGCCACGGUCACGGCCGCCACUUCGAACAGCGGCACCGCCCAAGGUCUGCAGUCGACGUCCGCCUCGGCGGAGGCCUCGUCUUCGGCCGCCACCACCUCGUCGCAGUCCUCGCUGACGCCUUCGACGUCGCUGUCCUCGUCCCUGGCGAAUGCCAAUAAUGGAGGAGCUCGAACCUUCCCGGCGCGCAGCUUCCCACCCGAUGGCACCACCUUCGGACAGAUCUCCCUCGGCCAGAAGCUGACCAAGGAGAUCCAACCGUACAGUUAUUGGAACAUGCAAUUCUACCAGUCGGAGCCAGCCUACGUUAAGUUUGACUACACGAUCCCGCGUGGCGCCUCGAUCGGCGUCUACGGCCGCCGCAACGCUUUGCCCACCCACACGCAGUACCACUUCAAGGAAGUGCUCAGCGGAUUCAGCGCCAGCACCCGCACUGCCCGUGCCGCUCAUCUGUCUAUAACGCGGGAGGUGACGCGCUACAUGGAGCCGGGACACUGGUUUAUGUCGCUCUACAACGACGACGGGGACGUGCAAGAACUGACCUUUUACGCGGCCGUGGCCGAGGACAUGACCCAGAACUGUCCCAACGGGUGCUCCGGCAACGGACAGUGCCUGCUGGGCCAUUGCCAGUGCAACCCGGGCUUCGGCGGCGACGACUGCAGUGAAAGCGUUUGCCCGGUGCUGUGCUCCCAGCACGGCGAAUACACCAACGGCGAGUGCAUCUGCAACCCGGGCUGGAAGGGCAAGGAGUGCUCCCUGCGGCACGAUGAGUGUGAGGUCGCCGACUGCAACGGGCACGGCCACUGUGUCAGCGGCAAGUGCCAGUGCAUGCGCGGCUACAAGGGGAAGUUCUGUGAAGAAGUCGACUGCCCGCAUCCGAACUGCUCCGGCCAUGGCUUCUGUGCCGACGGCACCUGCAUCUGCAAGAAGGGCUGGAAGGGACCGGACUGCGCCACAAUGGACCAAGACGCCCUCCAAUGCCUGCCCGACUGCUCCGGCCACGGAACCUUCGACCUGGACACCCAAACAUGCACCUGCGAAGCGAAGUGGAGUGGCGACGACUGCUCCAAGGAGUUGUGUGACCUUGACUGCGGCCAGCACGGCCGCUGCGAAGGAGAUGCCUGCGCCUGCGACCCCGAGUGGGGCGGCGAGUACUGCAACACGCGUCUGUGCGACACCCGCUGCAACGAGCACGGCCAGUGCAAAAACGGAACCUGUCUGUGUGUCACGGGAUGGAAUGGCAAGCACUGCACCAUCGAGGGCUGCCCCAACAGCUGCGCCGGGCACGGCCAGUGCCGCGUGAGCGGUGAAGGUCAGUGGGAGUGCCGCUGCUACGAAGGCUGGGACGGACCGGACUGUGGCAUUGCCCUGGAGCUCAACUGCGGCGACAGCAAGGACAACGACAAGGAUGGUCUCGUUGAUUGCGAGGAUCCCGAGUGCUGUGCCAGCCAUGUCUGCAAGACCUCCCAGCUCUGUGUCUCCGCACCGAAGCCCAUCGACGUUCUGUUGCGAAAGCAGCCUCCUGCCAUCACAGCCUCCUUCUUCGAGCGAAUGAAAUUCCUGAUCGACGAGAGCAGCCUGCAGAACUACGCCAAGCUAGAGACCUUCAACGAGAGCAUUUUUUGGAAUUAUUUCAAUGCAAGCCGAUCGGCGGUCAUUAGAGGCCGCGUGGUCACCUCCCUGGGCAUGGGUUUGGUAGGUGUCCGAGUGUCCACCACCACCCUCCUGGAGGGCUUCACCCUCACCCGCGACGACGGAUGGUUCGACUUGAUGGUCAACGGCGGCGGAGCCGUGACUCUUCAGUUCGGACGCGCCCCCUUCCGACCCCAGUCCCGCAUCGUUCAAGUGCCCUGGAACGAGGUGGUCAUAAUAGACGGCGUAGUGAUGAGCAUGUCCGAGGAAAAGGGCCUGGCCACGACCACGACGCAUACCUGCUUCGCACAUGACUACGACCUGAUGAAGCCCGUUGUAUUGGCCUCGUGGAAGCACGGCUUCCAGGGCGCCUGCCCCGACCGCAGCGCCAUCCUCGCCGAGUCGCAGGUUAUCCAGGAGUCGCUCCAGAUCCCCGGCACUGGGCUCAACCUCGUUUACCACUCGUCGCGAGCCGCGGGCUACUUGUCCACGAUCAAGCUGCAGCUGACGCCAGACACCAUCCCCCCCUCGUUGCACCUUAUUCACCUGCGCAUCACCAUUGAGGGCAUCCUGUUCGAACGCGUUUUCGAGGCGGAUCCGGGAAUCAAGUUCACAUACGCCUGGAACCGGCUCAACAUCUACCGGCAGCGUGUCUACGGGGUUACCACCGCUGUGGUGAAGGUAGGCUACCAGUACACGGAUUGCACAGACAUCGUGUGGGACAUCCAGACCACCAAGUUGAGUGGCCACGACAUGUCCAUCUCGGAGGUGGGAGGCUGGAAUCUAGACAUCCACCACCGCUAUAACUUCCACGAGGGUAUUCUGCAGAAGGGUGACGGCUCGAACAUCUACCUACGCAACAAGCCCCGCAUCAUCCUGACCACCAUGGGCGAUGGCCACCAGCGACCGCUUGAGUGCCCCGACUGCGACGGCAUGGCCACGAAGCAGCGCUUACUGGCCCCAGUGGCUCUGGCCGCCGCUCCCGAUGGCAGCCUCUUUGUGGGCGACUUCAACUACAUUCGGCGCAUCAUGAGCGACGGCAGCAUUCGCACUGUGGUGAAACUGAACGCCACUCGUGUCUCCUACCGCUACCACAUGGCACUCAGUCCUCUCGAUGGCACCCUCUACGUAUCGGACCCCGAGUCCCACCAAAUCAUUCGGGUGCGCGAUACUAAUAACUACUCGCAGCCGGAACUGAACUGGGAGGCGGUGGUAGGUUCAGGAGAGCGGUGCCUGCCCGGCGACGAGGCGCACUGCGGAGACGGUGCGCUGGCCAAGGACGCCAAGCUGGCCUACCCGAAGGGCAUUGCCAUAUCGAGCGACAACAUCCUUUACUUUGCGGACGGAACCAACAUCCGGAUGGUGGACAGGGACGGCAUCGUGAGUACCCUUAUCGGCAACCACAUGCACAAAUCGCACUGGAAGCCCAUCCCCUGUGAGGGCACCCUCAAGCUGGAGGAGAUGCACCUGCGCUGGCCCACUGAACUGGCCGUCUCGCCCAUGGACAACACCCUGCACAUCAUUGACGACCACAUGAUUCUGCGCAUGACUCCCGACGGUCGCGUGCGCGUCAUCUCCGGCCGGCCAUUGCACUGCGCCACAGCCUCUACGGCAUACGACACUGACCUGGCCACGCACGCCACUCUGGUGAUGCCCCAGUCGAUUGCCUUCGGUCCACUGGGUGAGCUAUAUGUGGCAGAAAGUGAUUCGCAGAGAAUCAACCGAGUGCGUGUGAUCGGAACCGACGGGCGAAUCGCUCCUUUUGCCGGCGCCGAGUCGAAGUGCAACUGUCUGGAACGCGGCUGCGACUGCUUCGAGGCGGAGCACUACCUGGCCACCAGCGCGAAGUUCAACACUAUCGCCGCUUUGUCUGUGACUCCCGAUGGCCACGUGCACAUUGCGGAUCAGGCCAACUACCGCAUUCGAUCAGUGAUGUCUAGCAUUCCAGAGGCUAGUCCCUCGCGCGAGUACGAGAUCUACGCCCCCGACAUGCAGGAGAUCUAUAUCUUCAAUCGCUUCGGCCAGCACGUGUCCACGCGCAACAUUCUUACCGGCGAAACGACCUACGUAUUCACUUACAACGUGAACACCUCCAACGGCAAGCUCAGCACCGUAACCGACGCCGCCGGCAACAAGGUCUUCCUGCUCCGCGACUACACCUCCCAGGUGAACUCCAUCGAGAACACCAAGGGUCAGAAGUGUCGCCUGCGAAUGACUCGCAUGAAGAUGCUCCACGAGCUUAGCACCCCUGACAACUACAAUGUCACCUACGAGUACCACGGACCCACGGGGCUGCUGAAGACCAAGCUGGAUUCCACCGGCCGCUCCUAUGUGUACAACUAUGACGAGUUCGGACGUCUCACCUCCGCAGUCACGCCUACCGGCCGCGUGAUUGAGCUGAGCUUCGACCUGAGUGUCAAGGGCGCCCAAGUGAAAGUUUCCGAGAACGCGCAGAAAGAGCAGUCGCUCCUGAUCCAGGGCGCCACAGUAACCGUCCGCAACGGAGCCGCUGAGUCCCGCACUUCCGUCGACAUGGACGGAUCCACUACCAGCAUCACGCCAUGGGGCCACAACGUGCAAAUGGAGGUGGCUCCAUACACGAUUCUGGCGGAGCAGAGCCCGUUGUUGGGCGAGAGCUACCCGGUACCAGCGAAGCAACGCACCGAAAUUGCCGGCGACCUGGCCAACAGAUUCGAGUGGCGCUACUUUGUCCGUCGCCAGCAGCCACUGCAAGCGGGCAAGCAGAACAAGGGUCCACCUCGGCCUGUCACCGAAGUGGGUCGCAAGCUUCGCGUCAACGGGGACAACGUUUUGACCUUGGAGUACGACCGCGAGACCCAGUCGGUGGUGGUGCUGGUUGAUGACAAACAAGAGCUGCUCAACGUGACGUAUGACCGCACAUCGCGUCCGAUCAGCUUCCGGCCGCAGUCGGGCGACUAUGCGGAUGUGGACCUCGAAUACGAUCGCUUUGGACGCCUGGUCAGCUGGAAGUGGGGCGUGUUGCAGGAGGCUUACUCCUUUGACCGCAAUGGUCGCCUCAAUGAGAUCAAGUACGGGGACGGAUCGACGAUGGUGUAUGCCUUCAAAGACAUGUUUGGAUCGUUGCCACUAAAGGUAACUACUCCCAGGCGCUCCGAUUACCUGUUGCAGUACGAUGAUGCUGGAGCACUGCAAAGCCUAACGACCCCUCGAGGCCACAUUCAUGCAUUUUCUCUGCAAACCUCUCUGGGCUUCUUCAAGUACCAGUACUAUUCGCCCAUUAACCGUCAUCCAUUCGAGAUCCUUUACAACGACGAGGGCCAGAUCCUGGCCAAGAUUCACCCACACCAAUCAGGCAAGGUGGCUUUCGUUUACGACGCUUCUGGUCGCCUGGAAACAAUACUCGCGGGACUGUCAAGCACCCACUACACGUACCAGGAUACUACCAGUCUAGUCAAGACCGUGGAAGUUCAGGAGCCUGGCUUUGAGCUACGCCGCGAGUUCAAGUACCACGCCGGCAUCCUGAAGGACGAAAAGCUGCGCUUCGGCUCGAAGAACUCGCUUGCCUCUGCCCACUACAAGUACGCUUAUGACGGAAACGCACGCCUUAGUGGAAUCGAGAUGGCGAUCGACGACAAGGAGCUCCCUACCACACGCUACAAGUACAGCCAGAACCUAGGACAGCUGGAGGUUGUGCAGGAUCUAAAGAUCACGCGCAAUGCGUUCAACAGGACGGUGAUUCAGGACUCGGCGAAACAGUUCUUCGCCAUCGUGGACUACGACCAGCAUGGUCGUGUGAAGAGUGUGCUGAUGAACGUAAAGAACAUUGAUGUAUUCCGUCUGGAGCUGGACUACGACCUGCGCAACCGUAUCAAGUCGCAGAAGACGACCUUCGGUAGGUCGACAGCCUUUGACAAGAUCAACUACAAUGCCGACGGUCAUGUGGUCGAGGUCCUGGGCACCAACAACUGGAAGUACCUUUACGAUGAGAACGGUAAUACAGUGGGCGUUGUCGACCAGGGCGAGAAGUUCAACCUCGGCUACGACAUUGGUGACCGAGUGAUCAAGGUCGGCGACGUGGAGUUCAACAACUACGAUGCCCGGGGCUUCGUGGUGAGGCGCGGCGAACAGAAGUACCGAUACAACAACCGCGGCCAACUCAUCCACGCGUUCGAGAGGGAGCGCUUCCAGAGCUGGUACUACUAUGACGAUCGCAGUCGCCUGGUGGCUUGGCACGACAACCAGGGCAACACAACCCAAUACUACUACGCCAACCCACGCACUCCACACCUAGUCACCCACGCGCACUUCCCGAAACUUGGACGCACAAUGAAGUUCUUCUAUGACGACCGCGACAUGCUAAUUGCGUUGGAGAACGCUGACCAGCGGUACUAUGUUGCCACCGACCAAAACGGUUCUCCGCUUGCCUUUUUCGACCUGAAUGGCGGCAUUGCCAAGGAGCUGAAGCGCACGCCUUUUGGCCGGAUCAUCAAGGACACCAAGCCAGACUUCUUCGUGCCCAUUGACUUCCACGGCGGACUUAUCGAUCCGCACACGAAGCUGAUCUACACGGAGCAGCGCCAAUACGACCCGCACGUGGGUCAGUGGAUGACCCCACAGUGGGAGACGCUGGCCACCGAGAUGUCGAACCCAACGGAUGUGUUUAUCUACCGCUACCACAACAACGACCCAAUCAACCCCAACCAACCACAGAAUUACAUGAUUGACCUGGACGCCUGGCUGCAACUGUUCGGCUACGACCUGGACAACAUGCAGAGCAGACGCUAUACCAAGCUGGCCCAGUACACUCCACAGGCCUCCAUCAAGUCCAACAUGCUGGCCCCCGACUUUGGAGUAAUCUCCGGUCUGGAGUGCAUCGUGGAGAAGACGAGCGAGAAGUUCAGCGAUUUUGACUUUGUGCCCAAGCCGCUGCUCAAGAUGGAGCCAAAGAUGCGCAACCUGUUGCCACGAAUCAGUUAUAGGCGAGGAGUCUUCGGCGAGGGCGUGCUGCUCUCGCGGAUUGGCGGACGAGCGCUGGUCAGUGUAGUCGACGGAUCGAACAGCGUCGUGCAGGAUGUAGUGAGCAGCGUUUUCAACAACUCCUACUUCCUCGACCUGCACUUUAGCAUCCAUGACCAGGACGUGUUCUACUUUGUGAAGGACAACGUACUGAAGCUGCGCGACGACAACGAGGAGCUGCGUCGCCUGGGUGGCAUGUUUAACAUAUCAACACACGAGGUUAGCGACCAUGGUGGCAGUGCUGCCAAGGAACUCCGCCUCCACGGACCCGAUGCCGUGGUCAUCGUCAAGUACGGCGUGGAUCCCGAGCAGGAGCGCCAUAGAAUCCUGAAGCACGCCCACAAGCGCGCCGUCGAGAGAGCCUGGGAGCUCGAGAAGCAACUGGUAGCCGCUGGUUUCCAGGGACGCGGCGACUGGACCGAGGAAGAAAAGGAGGAGCUCGUCCAGCACGGGGAUGUCGAUGGAUGGAUAGGCAUAGACAUCCACAGCAUUCACAAGUACCCCCAGCUGGCCGACGAUCCCGGGAACGUAGCCUUCCAGCGCGACGCCAAACGCAAGCGCCGCAAGACCGGCAGCAGCCACCGCAGUGCCUCCAGCCGCCGGCAGAUGAAGUUCGGCGAGCUGAGUGCGUGAGUGGAGGCAGUUGGAGCGGAGCCGAAGCAGACGGAGUGGGAGGCAGGGGUGCAAGCUUAUCCCCAGCCGGACGAGAGCGAAACGGGGGACGAGGAGGACAGCGAGCAGCCCGACUACCUAAUUUCUGUAGGCCGGAAGGAGCCAAGGGACAGCAGCGAGACUCUGGAGGAGCAGAUUUUGUAAUUAGGUGAAAUGCGCAUCAGCAGCAACCACAACAGCACAACACGGCGACACGCAAACACACAAAAACUGGAAGAGGAGGCAUUCAACACACAAUUAAUAUAAACUUUAACCGUGAAGUUUAGUAUUAGUCAGAAUUCAGCCCUUGAAUAACCGAAGAAACUUCUUAUAUUUACCAAGAACAGGAAUAUGUAUGUUGGUGUUGAGUUAGGCAUGUAGGCAUAUGUGUAGUCCAUGUGUGUAAUUGUACGUCUGUUUUUGUUUUUUUACCGUGGACAACCGGCUCCACUCUCGAGGUGUUGGCCGGGCCGACGGAUUAGUUUUGUAUAGAGUCAGCGAACUAAGCCGAACCCAGCGAUAUUGUCUGUUUGGGGGCAUGGUGGGUGGUCCACGAUGGCCUGUCCAAAUGCCCUUGGCAUAGCGAUGUCGAACGAUGAGUAUUACCAAGCAAAAUACGCAUACGAUAAGUCAGAUGUUAAUCUACAAGUUGAAUAAAUGUAAAAAGACGAGAGUUCUCUGUAGUCGCCCCUAGUCCCUAGUCCUAGACCCAGCCAUGUCCGACCCAGCACCUCUCGGAAGGCAACGGCAAGUACACGUUGCUUCCCCCCGAAACUGCUUUGUGUAUAUAAGAAAACUACUUUACUAUGCUUUAACUAAAAAAUCUGCGGGCGAUUAUCCUUUUAUCGAAGUCCUUCGUCAAAACAGGUGUCCGAACCGAGUGCUCGAAUAAAAAUUACUCCCACUCAUGCAUUAUUUGGAAAGCCAAGAAUCAAAAUGAAUCUUCCGAAGGACCCUUUCAACGCAAUACCAAUACUCUAUCUACCCUUUCCACUCAUUUUACAAUGUUAACCUGAAUAUCUGUUGAAUCUGAAUUUAUUCGAAGGCAAAAUGCAUUAAAAACUUUUUACAAAUUGUGAUAUAUAUAUUUCUAAACAUUUCAUUUGACAACUUGAAGUGUGAUGAACCAAAAUCGAAUCAACUCAAAUCGAAGGGAAAUGAAAAUGGAAAGCAAAUAAUGUACUUUACUCUUUUUUUAGUUAGUCGUAACGAUUAGUUUGUACAACGCAAUAUUUAGGUCGUACCAUUUGCCAUGUUAAUUUGUAAAAUCGAAUACACCUUAAAGUACUCAGAGCUUAAUGGCUUUUAUUUUUUUAUUUUGUUCGACAUCCAACUGCAGGAUCAUGUCCGCGUAUCUCUAUUCCGUUUCUUGUUGCCGACACUUGGGGUCGGCCCCUGUGUUUGCAAUUAUUAUUGAACUAUUUAUAAAGCUAACUAUUGACUAUUGAGAUAUUAACUAGCAUAAAAUUAGAGCGCAAUAUGUAUGUAAGUCUUGCAGAGAACGUAGACACACCCCUAUAACCGUACGAAACGAACCUUGUAUUAUAAACACCCCACUACAGAUAGGCUUAAGGACUAGGCUAAAGACAAAUCCCGUAAAUCAGAAUGGAUUAGCACCUAACUAAUGUGAAAUCGAUUCGGUUCGAUGUCGACAGCAGUGAGGCGAAGGGAUGAACCGAAAUGGUAGUAAUUAGCUAAAGUGUUAGUAAUUUUAUUAAAUAAAAUCAUAAAGGAUACAAUGAAGAUAAUUGAAUAAUAAUGGACAAACUCUUAAACCUACACCUAAGACUACUCACUCGAAUCUGUAUCCGGAUACGUUUAUUUCGAAUUGUAAAGCUAAUGCUGUGUAAAGGUUUGAGAAAUUCAAUUUGUAGGUCGGUACACAGAUUAGGUUUUACAAAGAAUUGUAAAAAAUAGCAAACGUAUAUGAAUGAAUGUAUAUGUACUAAAAUUAAGCAGCAUUAUAUUAACCAAAAAGCAUAAAACAAAGCGAAAUUAUUAAAUUCAGCAAUGGAAGCGGUAGACGAGCGACAAGUGACUGAAACAAGACAUUUUAAAGGCGAGCGGUUGCAAAAACUUAGUCUAACCCAACGCGUUUCUGCUUCAGUCUGGGAAGCCCUCAACUUUUGUUCUUUAACUGUAUCAAAAAAUUCCACAAAGGGCAACGCUUAACUUAAUCAAUUAGUUGCCAUCUUGACUAGGUUAUUACGACUAUGAACGAACAGCUUGUAUUCAAUGUGGGAUUAGUCUUGAAAAUCAGAAAUGGCAAGAGUACGCAUUAAGAAAUACUAGAUCACGAAUUACGAUUCGAUUGCAAAAACAUUGUAUACACACUACAUACCUACAAUUAUGGCAACCCGAUAUGCAUACAUGAUAAUACAUAAAUAUAUAUAACUUAUAAUAUUACGAGUAAAAAGCGAUUUCAAUAAAAAUGGAAACAUA